CACACAGAGAGGAGCCAUCAGAGCAGCCAGUUCUUGCAGCCUUGGCUGCACCCUGGCACAGAAAUAGCGUCAGCCCUUGUGCCCUUCACUUCCCCUCCUGCUCAGGCUACAAACACUGAGAAAGCAGCAGUUUCCUCCCUCUUCCAUCCUGGAUUUGCACCUUUCCUGCCAAGAGAUGCUGCUUGCUCCCUCUUCCCGUAGGACAGGCCCCAUUCCUUUGUGUGACCUCCUCUUUCCCCAGAAACCUCUCUGGGAAUGGCCUCACGCAGAUCCGCAGCGGCACUUUCCAGGCCUGGCACGGGAUGCAGUUUCUCCAGGAGGUGUAAGUGGCCCCAGGGCUAAAGAAAGGCAUGGCAGGGCGAGUCUCUGCAGGCUCUCUGCAGGGUCAGUAGGCAAGAGCAGCUGUGCCCUCUGGAAAGCCCUGACUGUGCCUGUGGAUGUCAGCCAGGGAGCAGCAGGAGCGUGCAGCUGGAAGGACCCUUUCCCCUGCCCUGCUCAGCUCCUGCACGGCUUCCUUGACACCGGCCAGGCCAUCGCCACGUGCCCGGCACACCCAGCUCCCGUCCCUGCCAUCAGCCCUGACAGAGCUCUCUUGUUCCUCAGGAUCCUCAGCCAUAACCCGCUGGCUGUCAUUGCUGACGCUGCCUUCUUCAAGCUGCCCUCGGUGAUGUCUCUAGACCUGAGUGCCACCCAAGUGACUCCGCAGACGCUGCUGCUGCUCCUGCAGACCACGUUGAGCUUGGAAACCCUCCAAGUGCCCAGGGAAGUGGCCUGCUGCCUGUGCAAGGAGAGUCCCUUCACCGAGAGCCCGUGCAGGAGCAUCCUGUUCCCCUGCAAGAAGCUGUGCAGCACCAGCGCCCCGCAGUGCGCUCAAAGAAGUCUGGUACAGACACGGGGAGAAACACUGGACAUGGAACAGCCCAGAACGCUGAGCACCAGCCCAAUGUGGAGCCUCAAGCCCAAGGAGCCUUCACUGGGAGAUGACAGAACUGCAACACUUGUGAUUGCCCUGACCCCCAGCGCUGAGGAUGAUGUCAGCAGCCUGGACAAUUCCAGAAGCAAUUCCUAUCCCCCUCAGCAUCUCUUGGGGCACACAGGCAUACCAAGUGUUGAUGACGUGAGGACCCAGCUCAAGAAGAAGCUGCACAUGAAGAAACUGCACACGUCCAAAAGCAUCCAGACUGCAAAAAGCCUUCUCCCAUACCAGCGCCAGCCUCCCUGGCUGAAGGACGUGUUGGAAAAGACACCCUCAAGCUGGGAUCAACAGGAGAUGCAGUCACGUUCAAACCGAUACGGACUAAACCCCUCGGAUGUAGGCGGUGGAUUACACCGUGCUUACGGUGCCUCUGUCACUGCACAACGCAGAGAUGAGGAGGAAGAUCCAGCUCCCAGGAGGAACUACAUCAGGAGACACAAACGGCACAAGAGGGACGACAGGCGGAAUUGGGUUGGACAUAAGCAGCUUUUGUACCAGGUUUGGAGGUCGGGAGUCAAAGUGGAGCCAAAGCCCAGAGCUGACCAGGGUCUAAAGAGGAACCUGGAUUUUCUCUCGGACCCGUUGGUUCAGAGCCGCCCUGCUGCCAGCAGCUGGGGAGAGGCCUUGGCUGAAGAGGAGCAAUCCUCUCUAGGCAGGCACCCCCUGAUCUCCCCUGACACCACAGAGGAGAAAGGCUCCGUGCCCCUCAAUAAACCUUGGAGCCCCCGCAGUCCAGACGUUGCGCUGGUUCCAGGAGAACUCUUGGAAACCGCGCUUGAUCUUCAGCAGCAGCUUCUGGAGGCGGACAAAGGGCUGCAAACGUUCAUGGCCCACGUGGAGCGAACCCUGAAGAUGGACUGCAGCCUGCCCCAGCUGAAGCAGGCCUGUGCCAAGAUGGUCUCAAAGACCAGGCUGCUAGUAAAUGUGCUCCGUGAGAGGCAAGAGAACCAGGAAGCCUCUGAUGCCAUGGACCAGUGUCCUCAGCAGGAGAACAUGAUCAUCCACAUGGCUUUGGGGAAAGGCAAGAAACUGUCAAGGAAGAAUCUGGAGGUUGUGGUGUACAUCAUCAUCUCUGUGGCUUUGCUGUUUUUCUUCAUCUUCGUUUAUGUGAUACUGAAGUGUGUCUUCCAGCUGGAGUGCCCAGGUGAUGAGCCCCAGGUGCCCCUGCAGAUGGCCCUGCACAUGCUGAAGCGCUCCCGACCUCGUGAACCUGACUGCCAACGCUGCCACAGCAGCACCCUCUGCCUGAGAAGGUUCUGUGUAAAUCUGCCACAGAGUGGGAGGAAGGAUAACCAGGAGGCACAGGAUGUGGAGCAAAACUGGGCAGGGAGCUCCUCCGAGAGUUGCCCCUGUGCUGACAGUGUCCAUGGUGCUUCCCAGUUGAAGAAGUCUGAGUUGUCGUGGAUUAAACGCAUCCGGCGUGUCUAUGAAUCCGAGAGAUAA